AUGAGCAUUCCUGAAGAACUAAAGUACAUUACACCAUAUGUACAACGGAGCCAAGAGCUGGCUGAGAGAGAUCCUAUAGUAUCUUACUAUGCGCAAUACUAUGCUGUGAAGCUUGCCAUCGCGAGGGGUCCCAACAACAAAGACACCAACGCUUAUCUGUCGCAUCUUCUCGACUCAUUAGAGAAGCUCAAGGCUGCUCUUGGAACAGACAACGAAGCUAUCGUAGAUGAUAUUGUUGGCUAUGCACACGUUGAAAACUUUGCUCUUAAAGUUUUUCUGAAUGCAGACAACGAAGAUCGCAGCGGCAAUGCAAGCAAGUACGUUUCCAAAUAA